GCUCCUGCCCAUUUACGAGCAGGCGGGGAGGACUACAAUUCCCAGCAGCGCUGCGAGCCUCGCCUGCCUCCGCCUCCCCAGCUGGCUUGAAGGCUGUUAUUGUUGUUGCUAAAAGCCGCCAAGAUGGAAGAAGUGCAGUCCCAACCCGGCGUGGCUUUCCUGAAUGUGACCUCGAGCUACGUGCCCCACACCAAGGUGGAAUGUCACUACAGCCUGCCACCUGGCAUGAAGCCGUCCGCCAGAGACUGGAUUGGAAUAUUUAAGGUGGAGUCCUCUUCAGUGCGUGAUUAUUAUACCUUUGUGUGGUGCACAGUUCCAGAUGGAGGAGCUUCUGCAGGAGCCCUGCUUCACUGUAACGUUCAGUUCCAAGCCAGCUACCUGCCCAAGCCAGGCCCCCAGCAGUACCAGUUCCGCUAUGUGGAUCGCCGUGGGGAGGUGCGUGGUCAAAGCUCCCCUUUCCAGUUCAGCGAGCCGCGGCCCAUGGAUGAGCUCGUCACUCUGGAGGAGGCGAGCGAUGACGGCGGGGGCACCGACAUGUUGCUGGUGGUUCCCAAGGCCGCCCUGCUAGAGACGCAGUUGGAAGAGAGCCGGCAGGAGCAAGGAGCCCUGCUGCAGGAGUCGUGCCGCCUGAAGGAUGAGGUUCAAGAGCUGAGAAGCCGUGUGGCGGAGCUGGAAGCAGUCCUGGGCACGCUUCGUGAUGAACACACCAAGCUGGCUGCGCAGUACAAGGAAUUAUCGAAUUCUUUUGCGGAAGUAUCCGAGCAGAGAGAUACACUAAGCCUCCAAGAAGCUGAGCAUGUGGCCCGAAUCCGAGAGCUGGAGGGUGACAUCCAGGCCAUGGGUGAGAAGAUGCUGCAAAGAGAGACGGAGCUAGACAGAAUGAAAGAUACUGUCAAGUCUCUGCUGCGUGAACAGGAGCAGAUUCACAACCAGCUCAAAGAGGAGAAUGCGGAGAAGGAGCAGUACCAGGUAAAGCUGCAGGCCUCAGAAGAGGAGAGUCGCAGCCUGGCCUCUGAUCUGCAGGAAGCGAAGACCCUCCAUGGGGAGAAGGUCUCACAGACUCUGGGGCUGCAGGAGGACAUCAGCAAAUUGCAGCAGAAGCUGACGGCUGCUAAUCGCCGCACCGUGCAGAUGGAGUCUGUGUGUGAACAGCUGCGCUCCACGCAGGACCUUCUGGCUGCCAGCCAGCAGAAAGUGGCUCUCUUGGGGGAAGAGUUGGCCAGCGUCGCCUCCAUCCGGGACCGCACCAUCUCCGAUCUGCACAAGAGCCGCCUGGAGGCAGCCGAGAUCAACAUCAAGCUUGCUGACAUGACUCUCAAGUGGAAAGAGGGCAAAGGCCAGUGGUGGAAGGAGAAGGCCACACUGCUGCAGAACAUGGAGGCAGAGAAAGACAAGAUCCUGAAGCUGAGCGCCGAAGUGCUGCGCUUGGAGAAGAGCCUGCAAGAAGAGCGGGCACAGCGCCAAGUGUUGCGUUUGGAGUUGGCACAGGAACGUGACUCCAGUCUGGUGCAAGUCUCUGAGAGCCGCCGGGAGCUACGGGAGCUACGAGCUGCACUGCAGGUUGCCCAGAAGGAGAAAGAGCAGCUCCAGGCCGAGAAGCAGGAGCUGCUGGUAUACAUACGGCGCCUUGAAGAGCGUCUGGAGAAAGUGGCCGACGAGAAAUGGAGUGAAUCUAUUAUCUGCGAUGAAGAGGAAGCAGCACCAGAGACUCCUGGCUCCCUGGACUCGCCGCUGUCCGACUCUGAGGAUGAGUGUCCCGAGGACAUGCGCCUGCCUGCGCAGCUCGGGUCCUACAGUUUGUGUGACAACCGGGCAGCUACUACCACUCCGCCUUGUGCCCGGGGACCCGCUCACACCGUGGUGAUCAGCCAGCCGGCACCCAUUGCCAAUCAGAUCAAGCAGCCACCCGAGGAUUCCAGUUCCGACUCGGAGGCUGAGGACGAGAAGGCGGUGCUGAUGGCUGCUGCCCAGAGCGGUGGCGAAGAAACCAACCUGCUCCUUCCUGAGCUGGGCAGCGGCUUCUAUGAAGUGGCCAGUGGCCUGACAGGGCGUCAAAUGUCGGAGCCGGGGGCUUGCGGCAUGGGGGUCUCUCCCUUAGACCUGCCCUCGCCGGCCCAUUGGAAGGAGUGCCCCAUCUGCCACGAGCGCUUCCCACCCGAGAGCGACAAGGAAACGUUGGAUACACAUGUUGACGGGCACUUCUUUUUCAGCACCCAUGACCCCUUCACCUUUGAGUAACCGUUUCUCCCCUCCCCCAAACCCCCUUCCUCCCAACCACCCCCAUGCCCCUUCUGUUUUCCCCUCUCUCUCUUCCAUGGGAUCCAGGCUGGGUAUAUCUUCCCUUCCUUCUCCCUUCGAUAGUGAGAUUGCUACGAGGAAGGGUGGCUUCAGCUGCUAGGUGGUAGCAAGGGGGUACCACUUUCCUGGGACGCCCUCUCCAUGGUCAGAGUUGACUUGCAUUAGGAGGAGCAAAGUUAGUUAUGUACACACACACACACACUAAGCCAAACUGAGUGUCAGUGGCUGAGAGCUCAGAAGUUAAGAGCGUGCCUUCCUGGCACACAGGGUGGGCACAUGUGCGCGGGGGGGGGGGGGGAACGUACCAGCCUCGCCGCCAACGCAACGCCAGCCCCAAUGAUCCCAGCCUUGCAGAGCGGCUCAGGGAGGGUGGCAUGAGAAAGUCACAAUAGCCAAGCACCUCUUGAUCCCAGGCUCACCUUCGCUUUGCAAAGCCGGGGUCAAAGGGCACGUCGCUGUUGUGCCCUUCUCAUGCCGCCCUGCCGGUGUGGGCUGGAGGGGCAGCGUGAGGAGGACGCAGCAGGGCGUGCAAGCGCCCUUUGGCGCAUGCCCGUUGUGUCCUCCUGACGCCCUGCCAACCCUCUGCUGUGUUGUGAGGCUGGGAUUUGGGAUCAGACCUGCAGAGCAGCGCACGGGGCUGGCAGGGGCGGUGUGAGGAGCAAACUGCGCCCUCGAAAAAACCGCACCCAGGGCAACAGCCCCCCCUUGCUACACCUCUGCCCAUGAGACCUUGUUUACACACAGUCAGUUAUCCAGUGAUGGCAAGCGAGUUUGAAAAAGGGGGCGUCAAUCCCUGGUAAACUCAGAGGGCUCUUGACUCUCCUGUCGCUCAUCCUGGCGAAACAGUAACAAACGGGUAGUUAACGUGGCAUUGUCCAUUGGACUCCAACUCCCAUCAGCCCCAGCCAGCCUGGCCCAGUGAUGAGGGGCGAUGGGAAUUACAGCAACAGUGAUAGCUGGAAGGCACCCAUUGGCUGCCUUGCAAACGGCUGUCACCCUUUGGUGGGCGGAGCUCUCCGUUCAGCGAAGGGUUACUGUAACCUCAGCAAAAGGGUGUUGCCACAGUGUCCUGUGAUUCUUUGUUUGUGCAAAAUGGGUUGCUUGGUUUUUUUAAACCACAGAAUACUCCUAAAAUGAUAAGCACGCCCUCAUACUGUUGGGCAGCUCGCACAUGAAACGCCCUUUCCCAGAGGUGGCGCUAUCAUCCUCACAUCCUUAUGCAGUUGUAGCCUGGGGGACAAAAGAGUCACUGGGACGCGGUGGCAUUUCAGUAUUCCACUCUGAGCACCAGAACGUCAAAAGUUCACGCAAUAUUGCAUGGUGACACACGCACAUGUGUGGGUUUCUCACUCAAAGUCCGUUUGCUCCAGCGGUUGGCCCUGGUAGCGUAGGGUCAAGUUGUUCAGGAAAACCCAAAACACAUUUUAAGAAUUAUUGAACUGCUAACCCCUAUAGGCCUCAUGGGCAACAUGGCUGCAAUCCCUGCACUUGAUAAGCUUAGAACCGGCUUUGGCCGUGAGUUUGAAGCAUACUGUAGACACGGUGAUUCAUAACACACCCACUAGUACGCAUAACAUCCACCCACCUUAAGACCCUUGAUGGGGUCUGGACCUGUAACCAUCCUUCCCACACACUUGAGAACUCAGUCAGAGGCCCUCUUGGGGAGUCCACACCCUAGGUACGUGAGCUGUGUGUCCCCAGGGAAGGGAGUCUCCUCUGUAGUGGCUUCAUGCCUUUGGAACUCCCUCCCACUAGAACUGUGGCAUGCCACAGGGUUUUCAGAACCUGCUUUGCAUUGGCCAGCCUUCCCCGAGUAAUGUUGCCCCUUUUGUCGGAUUGAAGCUGGAAUGUUGCAGAGGUUUUGAAUGUGCUUUAUCUUUUUUGUUUUGUUUUUGUAACACUGGUUAUAUAAAUAUAUCUAUAUAGUUGCAGUUAUUUUCUUUCUUCUAAGCCCACGGUAGACGUGCUUGACAUAGGAUAAUUUUUAAAUAAAUAAAGAGGGAGAGGGAAGGGUAUAUAUCUUAGCAGGGAGAGGGGCUCUGGGACAAAGCAAAUGAGCAGGACCACACACACACACACACACACACACACACACACACUGAAUAGCAUCCCAGGCUACGGGUUGAAUGAUUUGAGUGCUCUCCUCCCAUAGAAUGCCCCCUACGUGUACAACAUUUACAUGUCAGGAAUAUAGGAAGCCAUCUUAAACAGUAUGUCCAUUGGUCCAUCUAGCUCAGUACUGGCUGCACUGACUAGCAGCAGCUCCUCCAGGGUUCAGGCAGGGUCUUCCCCGAUACCAAGGAAUGAACUGAACCUGGGAUUUUAUGAAUAGAAAGCAAGAUGUCCUACGACUCAGCUAUAGCCCUUCCCAAAAGUAGCUGGACCCAACUCCACAAGGCCACAGGAAGCUGCCUUUUGCUAAGUUGUCGGACAAUUGGUCCAUCUCACUCAGAAAUGUCUACUCUGACCGGCAGGUUUCAGACAGGCAUUCCCUUCCCCCACAUACACACACCAUUCCUAGAGAACCUAGGACUGAACCUUCUACAUAAAGAGUGGAUGGUCCACGGCUGAGUUACAGCUAGUGUUUCCCCACUCUUCCCCGCAGUCUGAAAAGGGCCAGCCCAGCCACAGAUGCCUAACUUCACCUAACUUUUAAUUCUUGAGUGUGCGUGAGCAGAAAGCAAACGGAUGGAUGCAAAUGAAUGGAUGUGUGUAUUUAUCGUUCUAGCUAUAGCCCAUACUCCAGCAAUACCCAAAAGAUUUUAUUGCUUGCAUUUAUAUGGUAUAUGGCAUUGUGUGUGUGUGUGUUGUUUUGUUUUAAAUAACAACUAAUGCAACCAGGGUAGUAGACACAUAAAUUAGAAUAAAGCAGAGAAAGGCUUCUAAUAAAAACCUUCUGUAUGCCUCAACACCGCCAGGGAAAGAAAUUAUAUAAAUUCCAGGCAGUUCCCCUCCCACUUUAAACAUGAUCAAUAUAUUUCCUAAAUGUAGCUGCUGCCUUUGCAUAAGUAGCUAAACACUAAGGUUAUUUAUUCCAUGAUAGUUCAAGCUCAGAAAAUAGUCCAGGAAUAUUAUUUAAACUUUUGGGGGGAAACAGGAGCUCUAGAGUGAUGCGGGGUAAAAGCCGUUCUUUUCUUAGCAAGGAAUAAAAAGUAGAGAAGUUCACCCACAAGGAAUAUUUUUGAAUUAAAGAUGAAUCCGCAUGGUGUUGAUCAGGGUGGUGAUCUGCGCGCGCACCCCCCCCCCCCGCCCCAUAAUAAAUUGGGCAAAUUAUGCACAUUUGCAGUGAAGUAAUUCUGCAUCCACAAUAAAGAACAGCAAAUCUUUGGAUUUCAGAAGCAAAGGCCAGAUUGGGCUACUGCAAGAAAGACAGAGCCACAACUAAUUUAUUGUAGGGUGCAGUAAUAAGAGCUAAAAACAUGGGCAGCAAAGAAAUUAAGGAAGCUGCAUUUUGUAGGGUGCAGAAUUAGAACUGGGGACUAGGCAUCUUAGUCCUGAUUAUCAGGGUUGUGUGUCCUACUCAGACAUUCUCUCCCCCC